AAACUCAAGUUCACAGCCACAUCGCUCGCUCUGCGUUGCUGCUGCUCUAUUCUCUCCGCUGGCUCUUGGGCGGCUGCCUGCAGCAGGAGCAGCUGCUUCAGCAGCAGCUGAAGUCUCCGCUUGCCGCUAACCUGAUCAGCUCAGGAUAGAGCUUCGAUGUGACAUCACAGCCAGAUGUUUGACAAAGCCACACCCCUGUGAGGGUCUGAAGCAAUCCAAGGAGUAAUAACGGACCAGCUCGCUCAGUCCUGCCGUCAGAAUGCACCCGGGAGACUGGAGGAACUGCAGGCUUGUUAUUGUGGACAACCGUCAUUAAUUUUGUUUCAGACAAAAAAGCUGUUCCGGACGGGGGUGUUUUGCUUGGUGUUUUCCCUGGAUUCCUUUCCUCUUCAGAAAGAGAGAAACUGGGUGUGACCCAUACAAAGAAAGUACUUUUCAGGGAGCUGUGGAGCCAGCUAUCUCAUUUUCUACAAAGAGGAAAUCUUCAGGAGCGUGUAUGUGGGUUUCUUGAAGGUUAACACAAAAGGAAAAACUGCAGUUGAUUUAUACACCUCAGGAGGCGUGAAGAAUGGCAACAGCCGCCUACUUUGCCGCCGAGUGCCUUGUCUCAAUGUCCAGCCGUGCUAUAAUCCAUAGCCCCAUGAGGGAACCGGCCCCUCAGCCGGUUGGGAGAGCUGCUCCCCGCAUCAUCUCAAACAGAGCUGAGAAAUCCGAAGUGAAAGAGGUUGGGAGAGACAAUGGAGGUGGCUCCUCCGUAUAUGCCGUGGCCAGCAUUUUAGCCGACCUCAACCAGCACGUCCCACUAAAGCUUUCCUCGCCUCCGGGGGAGAAUCUUGAGAGCACUGGCCGAGGGGGGGCUUCUUCUCUUUCCCACAAAGAGUUGGGCGAGGAAAGUGUCUUGCUGGCCGGCAAACGUGGAGGAGGCAGAGCAGCCACACCUCCCAGCUUGGUGGCAGCGAGUCAGCCAAGCCCCAGGCAAAGAAGCCGGCGAGGAAGAUGCCGGACUGAGCCCGAAUUAUUACCUCAGAAAAAGCAUAAAUGCCACUAUGCGGGAUGCGAAAAGGUUUACGGCAAGUCGUCCCAUCUGAAGGCUCACCUGAGGACCCACACAGGCGAGAGGCCUUUUGAAUGCCGUUGGGAAGAUUGCAACAAAAAGUUUGCCCGUUCCGAUGAGCUGGCACGGCAUUUCCGCACUCACACUGGAGAGAAAAAGUUUGGCUGCCCUCUCUGUGAGAAGCGAUUCAUGCGCAGUGACCACUUGACGAAGCACGCCCGCCGGCACAGCAAUUUCCACCCCAGCAUGCUCAAGAGGAGGAGCGGCAGCAGCUCCCGGACAGGAUCGGUCAGUGACUAUAGCCGUUCAGACGCAUCUAGUCCCACCAUCAGCCCUUCAAGCUCCCCGUAGGCCUGCCUGCACUGGAUGCCAGCACUUUGCUCUUAUCAUUUUAUAGAUAUCAUUUUUGGAGUUUUAUUUGCGUUGCACAUUUUGCUUGCUUGUCUUUUUCUUUCUUUGCAUCAUUUCCCCAGCAGAUUAUCUACGGCACAAUGGAUGAACCUCUUCUCUAUCUUCCCGCCAGCAAUUUUUCUUCCUGGUCAAGAUUUUCAGUUAUUUUGUCUGCCAGCCUUCACUCUUCAGAGCCUUAAGAAGAUGUUCCUGUUAAUUGUUUUUAAAUAUAUCUAUAUAUGUGUAUAUUUUUAAAAAAAUACCUUUGCUCAGGUGUCAAAGCAAAUUUUAUAUAUAUAAAAAAGAGGUUACAAAAGAGGAAUGCCUAACUGAACUGGAUUGACUUUCCACCACUCCACAACCUCCUCUCAACUUUCUCAGGGAUAAGUAUUUAUGUAACACAGGAAGGACAAUGAAGACACACUCUCUACAGCCUCAGCUGGCAAACAGAUCUGUACUCAAAAUGAGUGGUGCUGAGUUCCUCCACUCACGGAGGAGGAAACCAACGCUGGACUUUGCACUCAAAUGGUUUGGUUUCACAUUUGCUAUAAAUACAUUUGGGGAAUCAGGACCAUAUAUGGCAUGCCCCUAGAUGACUUCAUUAAAUCACUCUCCCUGCCCCCGCCCCAUCAAUGUCAUUUCAUACUGAGAUGAUUUUACCACAUCAACUUCCUGCUGCAGAAACCUUGUCUAUAAAGUUUGAUACAGUCCUACCUACCCCAUGGGGGCGAGUUGAGGGGAUUUUUUUAAAAAAAACUUCACGAACUCGAUGCCUUUAUCAUUCCCACCCACCCCUGAAUAUAGGGAAAUGUAUCACUGGGGAACAAUGCAUUUAAGUUCAAAAUAGCAAGUUUGUGGUUUUUAGGCAUUAUGGAUUUGUUUUCCAGGGUUCUCUGGUAAAAUACCCUAUGAAAUAAGUGAGACUUCUGCAGAGGAAUUUCUCAGAGGCUUGUGAGCCCCACGUUGUCCCUGAGCUUGUCUGUGUUGCUUGCUCAUCUGUCAUGCGGCUACCAAACAUAGGUGCCUAAACUGUAUCAACUUGAACUAUUUUAAAUGGGGGGGGAGCAACAUUGGGAGACUGUUUAUAUAAGGUUUCAUCAAAGCUUUAUCAAGGUACCGGUACUUGUUAUAAAAACUCUUGGUUUUACAUUGCUUCAAAGCAGCGUGCUUCCAUAUAACACUGCACUGUAGCUAUUUGGUCAGUAAGUAACAAGUUGAAACCAAGUACUGUAGUAUGGUAGUAAUCAGAAAAUGGUCUCUUAUUAGGAAAGGGUAAAAAGAGAACUUGCACCUAGAAAGUGUUACAAACAUGCUGUUUUUAGCUCAACAGAACUCCGUAUUUCUCCUACACUCGCAUCCCACGGGUGUAGGGUUUGACUGGACAUAGAUAAGAGAACCCCUCUCCCAGCCAGCCAGCCAGGGUUCCGAGCUGGACGUCCCAUUCUCUUGGCUACCACAGUGGAGAUCAACCUACCACAUUACUUGCCUAAUAUCUGUAAGAAAAUCUCUCUCAUUCACAGCUGGAGAGGCCAACUGGCCACAUCCUGAAGUGCCUGGGUGGGAGAUUUGUGGCCAUUUCAAAAAUAGGCACUUCACCCCAGCAAGUGAGAUUUGUGUGCAUAAAGAGCCCUUCACCUGCAUUACUGGUGUGGAGGCACAUUUUGCUAAAACUGGCUUGGUGCACAUAUCUAUCUUGGGUCACCCAUUGUUAAACACGUACAGUUGGGUCAGGUUCUAGGUUUAUAAAUGCAAACUUCUUUAAACCCGCAAUUGCAAAGUGCAUAGACCUCAUUAUUGUCGGCUUGGUUGGUUCUGAAGCUGUAUAUUAAACAUUCAGGGUUUUUUCUUUGUAAUUUUCCAAUAUUAUUCUUAUUAUUUUACUGUAAAUGAUGAAUGCAGUUGAUUGUAGCACACCAAAACAAACUCCACAACCCCAAACUGCUGUUUACAAUAAGUAUAUCUACAUUCCAAAUGUGUCCUGCUUUCCAAUAAUUCCAUUUUGCCACCUCUGUAACAGAAAACCCCCAAAACAACAACAUAAUUUCUAGGUACCGUGGUACCUCGCAAGACGAAUACCUCGCCCAACGGAAAACUCACUAGACGAAAGCGUCUAGCGAUUCUUUGUUGCCUCGCAAGACAAAGCUUUCUAUGGCCGCGUCUUGCAAGACGAUUUCUUUGCUGCUUUUUUUUUGCCUCCUGCCGUUUGUUUCCACAAGAUGAAAAUAUCGCUAGACGAAGCAACCCACGGAACGAAUUAUUUUCGUCUUGCGAGGUACCACUGUACACACAAAGAUUGCUCUAAGUUCAAGGUCCUCUCUCCAAUGAACAGUCACCUACAAAAAAAACACAGGUCAAAAUUUAGAUAUUUCUGUAUUUUAUGGCACUAGUUUCAAAGUUCACAUUUUCAUUAACAUUUCCAACUUCAUUCAGCUAUAAACAGUGCUAGACAAGGCUUUGGGUAUGGAAUUAUAACUACAGGCAGGAACAACGGAUCAAUUUGGCUACUACCGUAUUAUGUGCAAAAUCUUGCUUCUUUUGUAUAAUGAAUUGCCAUACCUCUCUAGCUUUGCAGGGACUGGCCAAGUAAAGCUACUCAGAUAUAGGAAAUUCACAUUUCAGAUAAUAGUUGGUAGGAUAUGAAGGACUGUAAAUCUAAUCUAACCAUAUCACCUGUUAAUACAAACCACUUAAAAGAGCAUUACUAUUUCUCACAGAGAACCACAUCUCUCUCUCCUUCGAUGAGCAGUGUGAAAUUGCAAUAAUAAAUGGUACCAUGCACUAGUAAAUUCCCUUUGAAUCAUGGCCAACACACAAGUAAGCUGAGCUGAUGCUUAGAGUGGCAAUAUUUUUAAGGGUGCAGAGUGAAGCUGCAUGUGAUCCAUGGAAGAUGCAAUGCUUGAUCCAAGAGUUAUACCAAAGAGUUAAUGCUGGUGCAGGUGGAACUGGUCGUGGAGUACUGACAGCCUCGCAUUGUUAUUUGAGUCGGAGUGCUUACGCUAGGUGACACAAUGGGGUCCAUCUAAUUCAAUAUGGCUCUCCUUGGUCUUUUCCAACUCUGAUAACCUGAGAUGCCAGGGACUGAAUCUGGCAUCCGUUACAUGCAAAGCGCGUGUUCCUCCAUUGAGCUUUGCAGCCUCUUCAUGAGAAUUGCUUAGAUAAGUAGAAAAAGACAGGCAAGUCUCUUACCGUAACUGUCUCACUAAUCUCAAUGUAACCUACAAGUACAUAUGGCUCAGGACUGCCACCUAGAUAUGUAAACAAAAGGGAAAGCUUUGCAAAUCUAUUUGGGAUAAUUUCUAAUUUGGGAUUUGGAGGAUUCAUGCAGAUUGCUUCUGAGAUACUUAAAAGAAAC